UGUGCUUCGAAAGUGGCACUAUAAGAGCGCGUCUCCCAAACGCACACCAUUCCCCCCCGUCCCAUCUCGGCAUGACUGCAGGAAAGCUUCGAGUGAUCAUCGUCGGCGGCGCCAUCACGGGCUGCACGCUCGCGGCUGCCCUGCAAGAUGUGGCAAGCGAGAUCGUCGUCCUCGAGCGCAACCCCUCUGCGAAGGCAAUGGACCUGGAGCAGGGCGGUGCCGGAUUAGCGCUCCUCCAGAGCUCCAAUGCCAUUCUGCGCUCAGACCUCUUGCUUCCCCAGGGCAUCAAGGGCUCAGACGUGCGCAGCGCUCGUCACGAAGGCGAGGGGAAUGUCAUGAGAAUCCUCUCCUGGACUACAGGCCAGGUCGGCAUGUCGAUACCGAGCCCAGGCGAGACACGGACAGUACACCGCAAGACGCUCACGAAGGCCCUCUACGAGAUAGCCAUAGCCAGCAAGGCUCCCGUGACAUUCAAGUGGGGCAAGACCGCGGCACGCAUCGACACGACCAAAGGCAUCGUCGAGACAACCGACGGCGAGGUUUUGGAGGCCGAUCUCAUCGUCGGAGCGGACGGCGUGCGCUCUUGCGUGAGGACUGCCAUUCUCGAGGCAAGCGGGCUUCCCGUCGCGUCGUCGGUGCCCCUGGGCGUCUCGUGUGCGCGCUGGAGCCUGAGGGACGAUGAAGUGCCCGAGAAGACACGCGAGUGUCUCCGUCUGCCUAGUGACAAGAGCCAGGGCUAUGGCAAUACGACGUUUCACUGCGACAGCCAGAGGCUCGUUACCUAUCGGAUGCGCGACGACGGCUUGCUCAACAGCAUUCUCUACUUUUACGAUUCCUUUGUGCCUCCCAGCUUGGCGACGCAAGACCGACCGUCAGCCACGUCAUGGCGGCAGGCGGGGUCGACAGCGCUCCUCAAGAAGCUAAUCGACGAGAGCAACCCCGCCGAGCCCCUCGCUCAGCUGCUCGCUGCACCCCAGCAAGUUGGUCUGUGGCAGCUGAGAAAGUACGUCCCUCUGCCCACCUGGUCGCACGGCAAUGCUGUGCUCCUUGGAGACGCGGCACACCCCAUGGCUCCCUUCCAGGCCAGCGGGUCGUCGCAGGCAAUCGAGGACGUCGAAGCGUUUGUCCACGCCCUCGUCGCAAGCCGCAAGGACGGAGAGCCUCUGUCAAAGGCGCUCGAUGAUUUUUACAAGCUUCGCUUUCUCCGCGCUUCCAUUGUGCAGGCCAUCUCAGAUCGCACACCCUUUCCUCAAGAUCUCCUCCAACAGAGUCAAAAGCAGUCGCAAGAAAAGGCACCGCCAGUGCCCGACGAAGCCCGCAACCAUCCUUCGUACAGGGAGGCGGCCGAACGCGUCGAAGAGGCCAUGAAGAGCCAUUCCAUCGAUCUGUGCAGCCCUACCGUAGCCCGCUUCGCAAUGGUGUACCCGGGCGUGAAGCGUUUUGUCGAAGACUACCCCAAGCUUGUGCUCGGUUCGACCCCCAGAUUAUGAAUUGACCGGCUUCCAAAUGACAGCUUUGAUUUGGACGUGCACAAUAGGUCUCGGUCCCCCUUACAUUCGAGACAACGAGCUUGGACCACAGACACACGUUCUAAUAAAUGCAGCAGCUCUGUGUCGUGUCCUACAGACGUCUUCGCGAGGACAAAGAUUUAGAGGGUGUGACUAGUAAGAACGCGUCGCUUAGAAAGCGUCGUCUCGAGAGAGAUGUUGUUGCAUUGAC